GCGGCCGUGCCCGGCCCGCCAGGGUAUGUCCAGGCGCGGGGCCACCACCUCCCCGCGAGCGCUGGGAGCGGCGGUCGCGGGAGCCGCAGGUGGUUCCCCGGGCCGGCCCUUUUCUCCUCCCCCUUUCCUUUCUUUCGCCUCCCCUCCCUCUCGCCCGGUGUCGGCGGCACUUCCCCCGCUUCCUCCUCCCUCUCCAAUCGGGAGGGAGGGAAGGAGCCGCCGGCUCUUUCCUGCCUCCCUGCAAACUUCAGCGGGACUCGCGUCUCCACUCGCUGCCUCGCCCGCCGCGCCCCCAGCCCGGGAGCUGCUCCUCGAACUUCCUUUGGCCGCGCGGCCCGGGAACCCUGGCGGCUGGAAGGGCGCCGCCGGGCGCCAGGCGGCCGCCGCUGGGACCCUCCGGAGCCCUUCCCCGCGGCUCCCCGGGCGGCCGCCGCUCCUCCUCCUCGCCGCCCGCCCGCCCGUCGGUCCGUCCCGCCCGCCCGCCUCUCCGCUCCCCGGCGGGUAGGAGCCUCCCGGCUGCCCCCUCGGCGCCCCGCCGCCGCCCGGACUUUUCUUUGUGUUGGAUGCGGACUGGCGCCCCGCGCCGACGGGGGCCGGACUGAGUGCCGCGCUCGCCUGCGCCGCCCGGCCCGGCCAUGCCCUUCCACCAGAGGACCGUGGAAACCGCGCGGCUGCGCCAGCCGGAGGCGGCCAGGGCGGCGGGCGCGCCGCUCUUCCGCUCGCUGGAGCAGGUCAGCUCGCACGCCCUGGUCUGCCUGCUGGAGCAACUCGCCGACCUGUCGCGCUGCGCCGGGGACAUCUUCGGCGAGCUCGAGGGACAGGCGGCCGCCCUGGGCCGCCGCACCGCAGCGCUGUACCGCCGCCUCGACGCCCUGCACGCCGCCACCGCGCGCCUCGACCACCGCCGAGUGAAAAUCCCUGUUUCCAACCUAGAUGAGGAGAGUCGAUGGACAGUCCACUACACUGCUCCAUGGCACCAGCAGGAGAAUGUGUUCCUUCCCACCACAAGACCCCCCUGCGUAGAGGACCUGCACCGCCAAGCCAAGCUCAACCUCAAAUCAGUAUUGAGGGAAUGUGAUACGCUGCGGCAGGAUGGCUACCGGAGUUCUCAGUACUACUCCCAGGGACCCACCUUUGCAGCCAACUCCAGUCCAUUCUGCGAUGAUUAUCAAGACGAGGAUGAAGAACCAGAUCCAAAGUGUUCUAUCUCUUUGUCGGAAGAGGAAAGACUUUCUACCAGGAGACCUAAAACGCCAACCUCAAGUGACUUCUCUGACUUUAAUACUCAAACCAACUGGAACAAAUCACUUCCCUUGCCAACACCGGAAGAGAAGAUGCGACAGCAGGCCCAAACAGUCCAGGCUGAUGUAGUUCCUAUUAACAUAACUGGGGAGAAUUUCGAUCGCCAGGCCAGCCUUCGGCGGUCUCUAAUUUACACAGACACUCUGGUAAGACGACCGAAGAAAGUCAAAAGGAGAAAGACUAUUACAGGAGUCCCUGACAGCAUACAGAAGGAGCUAGCUUCGGGGGGCACUGGCCAAGAUGAUGUCGGUGGCCACUCAGUGGACGCCCCAGACCACUGCUCUACGCUUGGAAGGCUCGAUGGCCAUCGAUCUGCUGGGCAGCGCUCAGAAACCAGGGAUUCCAGCUGUCAGACCGAGGAAGUGAAAAUCGUACCACCUUCGAUGAGAAGAAUCAGGGCGCAGAAGGGGCAAGGCAUUGCUGCCCAGAUGAGUCACUUCCCAGGCUCCUCUGGGAACAUGUCUGUGCUGAGCGACUCUGUGGGUGUCGUGUUCCCUUCUCGUCUCAACAGUGACACUGGUUUCCACAGUCUCCCCCGGUCUGGAGCGAGGACAAACGUUCAGUCCCUGGAGCCACGGCUGGGUGCCCUGCGCCCUGCAGAAGACGCAGACGAAACUCUCGCCUACCAGGGGCCCAAAUCCCAGGAGCUGGGGUACUUGGAGGGUGAAAACGUAACAAGCCCGGCAUGCGUAGUCUCUCCUCACACGACCUACUCCACCAGUAUCAUCCCAAAUGCCACACUCUCCUCCUCUUCAGAGGUUAUUGUGAUUCACACUGCUCAGAGCUUAGGGCAGCUGGACAGUAAAAUUACCAGUUCAUCUUCAUACACAAAGAUCAAAUCCAGAGACCACUUCCUCUCCAGGCAGAAAGAUGGUCAUCAUUCUCCCUGUGGUAACUGGACUGAGGGGCACCCCACCAUUUUUUCACAGGCCUCAGAUCCUCAUUCGUCCAGUGCAACCACUGUGCUGUCCCUGUGUGAUUCUGCGGUCUCUCUAAAUACGCCCGCAAAUCGGGAGAAUGGGUCCCAGGCCAUGGCCUAUAAUUGUAGAAACCACCUGAGCUUCCCGGCCCACCCCCGGGAUCUGAACAGCAAGACUGAGUCCAGUCAUUCAGGAGGCAGGGGACACGGCGGCAGCGCGGAGCCCUGGGAAUACAGUGCCCCGGCUAGUGGGCGUGCGUCCCCACGGAAGCCACAUUUGGCAACUCCUGUAGGUAACAUGAGCCGUGGCAGUUUGGACCAGACGUCCGACAAAGAUGAUGCCAGGGCCGUGUAUCCAGAGGACCACGAUGGCUACUACACUUCUCUGCACACCAGCUCUGGACACGGACCUGGGAAUGUGUGCAAUAGCAGCGAUGGCUUUGGGAACCCGAGGCACAGCGUGGUCAGUAUUUUUGAUGGAAGAGCGCGGAAGAACCAAGGGGACCGGUCGAAUUGCCAAGACAAAAACCUUUCUCGAAACAUCUCUCUGAAGAAAGCGAAGAAGCCUCCCCUGCCACCCUCUCGGACAGACUCUCUGCGCAGGAUUCCCAAGAAGAGCGUCCAGUCGAACGGGCAGGUGCUGAACGAGAGCCUGAUCGCCUCGCUCCAGCACUCGCUGCAGCUGAAACUCCCGGGCAAGGGCGGCAGCUCGCCCUCCCAGAGCCCGUGCAGUGACUUCGAAGAGCCCUGGCUGCCUCGCUCCCGCAGCCAGAGCACAGUGAGCGCGGGCAGCAGCCUGACCUCCGCCACCACCCCCAACGUCUACGCCCUGUCCGGGGUCACACCGGCACAGAGCGACACGAGCAGCGUCAAGUCCGAGUACACAGACCCGUGGGGUUACUACAUUGACUACACGAGCGUGCAGGAGGACCCGGGGAACCCAGGCGGGGCGGGUCCAGCCGGCAGCGCCGCGUCGCCCGGAAACGGGCCAGGCCGCCAUCUCCCGGACGGGUCCAGGGCCGCGGUAGCCCCGGUGCCCGAUGGCGCGGUCAAACCAAAGAUCACAUCGCCGGAGAAGUCACACAGGGUCACUUCUCCAUCCAGUGGGUAUUCCAGCCAGUCGAACACACCCACGACUCUCACCCCUGUGCCUGUGUUUUUAAAGUCAGUGUCACCAGCCAAUGGGAGGGGGAAGCCCAAGCCCAAGGUGCCAGAAAGGAAGUCCUCUCUGGUAUCUUCAGUAUCCAUCUCCUCCUCGUCCACGUCUCUUUCCUCCAGCACUUCUACGGAAGGAAGCGGAACCAUGAAGAGGCUAGAUUCGGUGCUGGCCGCUCCCCUUGCUGCGCCUCCUCUGCCCUCUCUCCCAUCUCCCUGUCCCAGGGACAAGUCUCCUUUCCUCCCUCCUCCCCCUCCACCGGCAGAUUUCCCCGAGGGCUCGCCUCUGCCGGACUCUCCCCUCUUCCCCACUCCACCGCCAGAAGUUCUCACGCCCUUCUGUCCCCCCACCAGCGCCUUCUUUCCUCCGACACCUACAGCACUCAGCCCCCGUCUUCUGCACUCAUCUGCCUCCCUGCCACCUCCACCACCUGCCUUCCCCCCCUCGGUGCCCCCGCCUGCCCCACCGCUUGACCCCAAAUUGAUGAAAGAUGCCAGGCCUUCUUUCAAAAAAGCUGGCCAGCCAGAGCCCUCCCGGGAGGCCUGCAGGCAGCCUUCCACCAAGGAGGAGGGCGGUAGACCCCCCAUGCCCCUGAUCACCACGGAGGCGUUGCAGAUGGUGCACUUGAGGCCGGUGAGGAAGAACUCAGGAACCGACGUAGCACAGUUACGUGAACAUGCAGCUCAGGAAAAACGAACUCCGGUUGUUCCCCAGUAUCAUGUAAAGCCAUCUGCUCUCCUGAAAUCCCGAAAUAGCAUAAAUGAAAUGGAGAGUGAAAGCCAGCCUGCCUCCGCGACAAGCUCGCUCCCGACUCCUGCCAAGAGCUCGACUCAGGGUCACCAGGACAGUGUAAACGAGCGUGGCCUCCCGAGCCGCAGCCCGGGCCGUGCCGGGGAGGCAGAGGCCGAACCCGGGACCGCCCCGCCCCAUGACCCCCCCAGCCCGUCGCCCAGCAGGAAGCCCCCCCCUGUUUCCAAGAAGCCCAAACUGUUCCUGGUGGUGCCACCUCCGCAAAGAGAUUUCACGGCGGAGCCCGCAGAGAACGUGAGCAAAGCGUCGCCCAGCCCCAUGAGAGGAGAGGCACGAGAGGGGUGUGCAGCCGGGGCUGGUUCCGAUGAGACCGACUCUGGCAGCUCGGUUCUUGCGGGAGGAGCUUCAGGACCUGAGUCCCCGGGCAGAGUGGAAGCCAAUGUCCCCAUGGUGCAGCCCGAUGCUUCGCCAGCCCGCUCGCGGGAGGAGCCGGGCGCCGAGCGCUGUGCGGACGCCGGGGACAACGUGGAGAGCCGUUUGUCUCUGCAGGACCCAGGGCCUGGGGUACCGGAGGCUGACACAGCCGGUUCUUCCUCAGAGGCCUGUGACUUCUGUAAGGAAGAUGGGAGUGAUGAGGUGAUGACCCCCAGUAGACACCGGACCACGGAAGACCUUUUUGCAGCUAUUCACAGGUCUAAGAGGAAAGUCCUUGGCCGUAAAGAUUCCGAUGAUGAUCACUCCCGAAACCAUUCUCCCUCCCCGCCAGUGACACCCACUGGUGCUGCCCCCAGCCUGGCCUCCCAGAAGCAAGUGGGAUCGAUUCAGAGAAGCAUCCGGAAGACCAGCACCAGCAGUGACAACUUCAAAGCUCUGCUGCUGAAAAAAGGGAGUCGGUCAGACACCAGUGCCCGCAUGUCCGCAGCCGAGAUGCUCAAGAACACAGACCCCAGAUUCCAGAGGUCAAAGUCGGAGCCUUCGCCAGACACCCCCGAGAGCCCAUCAAGCUGCUCCCCGAGCAAGAACAGAAGGGCCCAGGAGGAGUGGGCCAAGAACGAAGGCUCGAUGCCUCGGAGUCUGUCCUUUUCUGGCCCCAGGUACGGCCGCAGCCGAACUCCACCUUCCGCCGCCAGCAGCCGGUACAGCGUGCGGAACCGGAUCCAGAGCAGCCCCAUGACCGUCAUCUCCGAGGGCGAAGGGGAAGCCACGGAGCCCGUAGACAGCAGGGCUCUCCGGCCCCUGGGCACUCUGAGGGGACGUUCGCUGGAAGCACUGGUGGGGGAUGGAGUGGGUGAGGGCAGCCUGCUCUGUGCAGGGCAGCCCGCUGCCUCGCGGGGGGCGCAGGCUCCUGGCCCCACCGAGGGGCGGCCCAGCGCAGAGGGCACGGGUCCAUCAGAACAGCGUGGAGGUCCCCAGAGGGAAGAGAGCUAAGGGCAAGAACCUCCCAGGUGACGUGGGGAGAUGUGCAGCACAUCACUCUGGGAAGCCUGACAGGUACCCUUCCCUGCCUUGUCCUUGGAUCCCGCUCAGCAUCUGUGCUGUGGGCCCGGCACGGCCGGCCCCGCAGCGGAAAGGGAGGGCUAUUUAGGACUCACUUGGCACUUGCCCUGUGGCUUAAAAGCAAGUAGAAGCUUAACUUCUAAAAGUGCUUCCUGGGGAAGAUUUUUUUUCUUUUUUCCUCUAAAUGCUGGGUGUGUGUGCAGGGAUGUGUAUGUGUGUGCAUUUGGAACACUUUUUAUGUUAAAAAAAAAUACAAACAGCAUGUACAGAAAUAGGAGAGACAGCGUUAAGCUAGGUAGAGUAAUGGAGCCUUCUGAGCAAGGUGGUAACUGCUUUAAAAGUAUUACGUUUAUGGAAAUUAGUGAGUUCCAGAAGGGAGAGGACCAUUACUUCUGAGAAAGAGGGGGUAGAUUUGCUGGUUCUGAACGCACAGAACGGGUGGGGAUGUGCACAGGUGUGCUUUCAAGGGGAGCCAUGUAGUGGUUACCCCCAAAAGUUAGUAAGGGGCUAAGUGACUCAUUGGUUCAGGUACUUUUUUCUGGGGAAAAAAGGCUUUGUUUCUUUUUUGUAAAAAUGACAGAUACGUGGACAUGGCAACGCUGUAACUCGGAGUCUGCUGCUGUGCAGCCACAGACACACAACUUCUAGCCUGGUUUGUAGAAAUGUAGGUAAUUUUUUAAUGACUUUCCUCCUUGAGCAGCAGCUGAGACCUCCUUGGAGAGCUGAAAUGACAGUGGCACAUACAGAGAGGGUAACAGAGAUGAGAAAGGGGAGAGGAGUAAGUGAUACACUGCUGGAAUUUGUUUCCUGCUUAUUAAAUGAAAUUAUUUUUCAGAAUUAAAUUUUAAAACUUGCACUACAGAACUGUGGGUGGAGCCUUUCCUUUUACAACUUUUUUUUUUUUAAACCAGAGUUUAAACCUCCAUUUGACGAUUUCUUAUCACUUGAAACGUCAACAUCUGCUAACUUUUGGAUAUCCUUCUGGUUACACCAAAGAAAACGUUAAUGCUAUUUUUCCUUGAACUGCCUGCCGUAUCGUGUCCUCACUUAGAAAGGUUUAUCAAAAUCUAUUCUAUAUUAUCUUACUUUGAAGAAAAUGCUGAAGAGCUCUUUUUGGUCAAAUAAACUGAUAAAAAUUGGCAGGCCUUGGCUCUUAAUUAGCCCUGGGAAAUGAAUUUUUAGAUUAAAAAGAUUUUUUGCAUCAUUUGGUUUGUGUGUUUUUAUAUUUUUUACAAGUAGUUGAGUUCACGAAUUACCUUCUAAUCUUCUCCGGUUAGAAUUUUAACACUUUUAGACAUGGAAGAAAAGUGUGUAAAGUAUUUAUUUUUAUGUGAUAUUCUUGUGACCACUUCCAACUGCCAUGUACAUAGACUCCUUUAUUUGUUGGUUAAAUAAAAUCAGUCUUGUCUUCAUCAGAAGGACGUAAGAUGAGAGUACUGGGAUUAUUAGCCUAAGUACAGUGCAGCUGCCAAUUAUCAUCUUUUUUGGUAUGAAAAUAUCAUCUAAAAGUUGGACUGCACAGGCCCAACCAUCACAAGGUUUAUACAGUAAAACAUUAGGUACCCAUUUUAGACACGUCUUUGAGACAAAAACAAACCUAAAGAAUUGAGACUCCUUCCAUCCUCUGAAGAAAACAAAACACGUCUUUUCACACAACCAGAAAUCAAGACCUGACAUUUGGCCAAGAGCAAAAGGACUUUCUACCACUUGGAGCAAAGCGUCUGCUACAUUGGGCGCAAGAAUCUUUCCUCCUAAAUUUUAGAAAAGUGGCAUUGGCUUUUGAAUAUGAAAUCUUUUCAUAGCUACCUAAAAAGGAUGAGAAUGUACGUGGAUAUCAGAAAACAAAUUUAAUAUAUAAAUCAUUUAUGUUGAAGGUAAGAUAAGCACCCUCAAAACUAAUUAUAACGCUUUUUUUAAAAUCCCCAUUUU